CAAGACUUGGAAAGGUUAACAAGGAAUAAUUCUAGCUCAUAACCAACUCUUAAGGCAAAUUUGAAAACUCUUGUACCUUCAUUAGUAGUAGGUUUAAUUCCUUCAACCUAAUAAAUUUCUUGAUCACCGAUCACACACCAAAGAUUUGUGAAAUAAAAUGGAACACAAACAUGCACAUAACCGGUCUUAUGAAGAUUUUGAUCCUGUUUUUAAGUGGCGUAGAGAACAAGACCGUGACACCAUUGAGCUUCAUCUUCCAGGUUUUAAGAGAGAGCAAAUACGAAUUCAAAUCAACCAUCUUGGUUUUUUGGUGAUAAGUGGAGAGCGUCCAUUUGAUGGAACUAAAUGGAAACGUUUCAAGAAAGAAUUUGAACUUCCAAAAUAUUGCAAUGAAGAUGCUAUUCGUGGCAAUUUCAUGCAGAACAUUCUUUCAGUAGUACUGCCAAAAAAAGUUGAUCUAAUACCUCAAGAGGAACAAGAAGAAGAAGAAAAAAUUCCAGAACUUGAAGAUUUGGAUAAAUAUCAAGAGAAAAAUACAUAUAAGAGUUUGGGAUUUGGAGGAAGAGAUAGAGAAGAAGAGAUUGGAACACUAUCAGAAUAUACUUACAGAACAGACAACAAGUUUGGUGAAAAUGAUGUAGAAACUACUAGAGAGGUUGCUCUUAAAUUCAUGGUUGUGAUAAUUGUUGUAAUGGUUAUUGUAAAUUAUCUUGUGGAUAUGAGCAAAACUGUCAUGGCUCAAGGUCAAUCAUAUUUUCAAAAUUAGAUGAGACUAUGGUUUGAGGUGGUUCUGUAUAAAGUUUAAUACUGUGAAAAAGGAGAAGAUUAUUAUAUUCUUAUAAUAAUAUUGUA